UCUCACCCUACUAUCACAAUUCGCACCGCAGCAGAACGCAGCAGAACGACGUCGAUGAGCAUUACGGUGUGCUGUGCUGCGCCUGCUGGGCAGUGUGUAUGUAUUACAGUGUGGAUGUGAACUCGUACGGUAUGCACAGCCGUCGGUUUACCAAUGGGCUGCCUUGCCUGGCUUCCUAUCCAGUUGGGCAGAGAAGCCCGCAUAUCAUCCAUCAUUUGGACGGGACGCUGCAUGUUGGAGUUUGCUCUUGAGUUGUAUCAUGUCGGACGAGAGGGAGCAGGGAAGCCGCCUGGAGUGAUGAUGCUGCGUGUGGGGAGUACGGCGAGGCGCGAGGCGCGAGAGUCUGAGUCUGGCAAGGUGCGACGCGGCGCAACGCAUCUGAGACGAGCGCGGGGCUGAUUGCGGUGCACGCUGUAUCCGAGGGGAAGGCGCGAUGCGCGCGGCGGCGGGACAUGGAGAU